UUCUUACGGCUUUUAAUUUUCGUCAAGAAGCAGAAGCUUCUCAGCGCAUAYCGCACUGCAUUUAGCAAUUCGAAAGAUUAAAACAGUGCCGACACUCGUCGUGUAUAAACCCAARUGAAGAUGGAGCGCUGGCUGGGACGUGUAGCUGUGGUUACCGGCGCCAGUUCUGGUAUUGGUGCGGCCUGUGCGAUGUAUCUCGCAGAUAAUGGUAUGCUGGUGGUGGGCUUAGCGCGACGUAAAGAACGCAUUGAAGCCUUACGAGAAACGCUGAAACCAGAAGCCGGUCAACGACUACAUGCCAUACAAUGUGAUGUGCGUAAGGAGCAGGAAAUUGUGGAUGCCUUCAAGCGGAUCGAGUCGGAAUUUGGACCGGUUGCGGUGCUGGUGAACAAUGCAGGCAUAAUGCGUGGCAGCGAUUUGGUGAGUGAGGGUAACUCUAGCGAUUUACGUGAUACGAUCGAUACGAAUGUSUUGGCCGUGGCAUAUUGUACACGCGAAGCGUUUCGUGCGAUGCGCGAACAUGGUGGUGAUGGACAUGUUUUCUUGAUUAACAGCAUUGCGGGGCAUAACUUUUCGAAUGUGCCGGGCUUAUCGUGGAAUCUAUAUCCACCUUCGAAAUAUGCUAUGACCGCUAUGACGGAGGUUUAUCGACAAGAAUUCUUGAAAUACAACACGAAGGUGAAAGUAACGAGUAUAAGUCCUGGUGGCGUGCUUACAGAGAUUUUGCCAGCACAUCUGCUACCGGAGGAYAAAACCGGUUUACCAUUGCUUAAGCCUGAAGACGUGGCCGAUGCAUUAAUAUAUUGUCUGCAGACACCGCCGCAUGUGCAG